UUUCUAUUUGAUCACUGCUGUCAUACGAAUUGACGAAUAGCAGGAAAACCUAAUGAAAGAGUGUGUGUGUGUGUUCAUGUGUUGAUUUCGUUUACUUUGUGCAUUGUGUGAUUGCUGUGUUUCUUAUUAUUAGUACUAAAACUCUAUACCAACCAUCAUGUCUUCAGUAUGUUGUGGAACAAAGAAACAGAAAUUGAACAAUUCGUACAGCAACCACGUUGAACGACCUAUUAAUGGUUACAUAGAAUCAGUUGCAAUUCCUGAUAUGUGUUACUUUUGUUUCGACGUCUUGUACUGUCAGCUGCAUAGUAUGGACCCGCCACAAACGCCAAAUUUUACUAACGAAGCAUAUCCCCUUUUUGUUACUUGGAAGAUUGGUAAGGAGCAUCGUCUCCGUGGAUGUAUUGGGACCUUUAAUGCCAUGCAUUUACAUUCAGGUCUUCGGGAGUAUGCAAUCACUAGUGCUUUAAAGGAUUCUCGUUUUACACCUAUAACUCGUGAGGAGGUUCCCCGUCUCACGGUCUCCGUGUCAAUUCUUCAGCACUUCGAAGAGGCUGAACAUUAUUUAGACUGGAAGUUGGGCAAACACGGAAUUCGUAUCGAGUUCAUCAGCGAAAGGGGUUCCAAGCGCACUGCAACCUAUUUACCUCAAGUCGCCACUGAACAAGGUUGGGACCAAAUACAAACAAUCGACUCCCUCCUCCGAAAGGGGGGAUACAAGGCAGCCAUAACGGCUGACAUGAGAAGGAGUAUCAAACUGACUAGAUAUCAGUCCGAGGAGAUAUCGGCCUCCUACAACGAGUACGUAAACCAGCGCUGCUAGCAAAUGGCGAACCCGUCCGUCCACGGGCAUCCGAGACUCGCAUAUACAAAUAAGCAAUUAUAUCGGACGAAUGCGAGUGAAAUGUAUUGUGUUAAUAACGUAGUUUCUAAGUUUACAUCUACGUCAGCGUCUAGUGUUCCGUAUGCCACGUGGCGGCAUCACGGCCACAGAAGUACAAUGGGUCAGAAUUAUGCUCAAAGUGAUUCCUGCCCAGACAAGAGCUCGUGUUACAUCGAUAUGCUUUAAUAUUAAGAUAUAUCACUGCCAACGACAUUCCCGAGGAGAUCAAAGGUGCCAUUGAAAUGAUAACAUUCGAGGGUACUUUGAAAUUUUGAUGCGAGGUUUUGCUUUUAAAGUGCUAUUGCAUUUGUCGAAUGUUAUACAGUUUGAUUUACGGCUAUCGAUAUUAUUACGAAGGUUAACCCGUUAAGUGGUUACAGUAAGUACAAUACUACCAAGAUAGGUGAGAUUAAUUAACUGUUAACUGGUUUAAAAAGAAAUAAUAUGAAUGUAUUGACGGGCUCAUUAAAAUGUCUUCGGUAUAGCCAUUUAAAAAAAAUAAGAUGCAUCUACAAUUUUUUUUUUAUUCAUGUCAAGGCUUAACAUAUUUACAUAACUAGUACCUGGUAAUAAUUUUUGAAAAUAGAUUUUGAUUUUUUUUUUAAUUUCCAUUUUCAUGAUUUGAUGAGUCUCCACAUAUUCAGCUCCUUAUCCCAACUUUUGCCUAUAGUAUUGUCAACCAAGUGACUAAAUGAUGAUUCCCCCAUAAAUCUCAAGGCCAGAGACUCGAAAUACGCUCAUAGUUCCUAUUGGAACCCAUCUAGUCUCGGGCCUGGCUUAUUUUAGGCAUAUAUAUAUUUUUGUAUUAUAUAUAUGUGACAACAUCCUGGUAGGACAUUGUUAUUAUCAAUAGCUUACACUUAAAAUUAAUUAACGGGCAAGCUGUCAACGGAUACGUCAUUCUCCUUCCAAAUAAAAAAAAGCGCGUAAUAAGUGUUGUGAUUAUUAAAAAUAAAAUAAUUUUUUAAAAAGUUUUUAUUAAAUUAAUGUCGGAGAAGGAGACUAUAACACAGAUGUGAUCUGUGCUCUAUGCAGCUUGUCAUUAAAUUUAUCUUAAAUAAAUCAAGAAUAUUUUACAAACAUAUAGGAUUUUUUUAUUGAAUUUUUAUGAACGCACUCCAACGCCAUCUUCAUUUUAGUUACACCUUGACCUGACCUCUAUUCUCUAUUCUGUCUGCAAUUCUUCAUUCUAGGUCGUACGAGCCUAUAAGCACGUAAUAACUAGCAAAAUAAACUCAAAAUUAAGUUAAGUGUGUGAAGUUAUAGAUAAAGCAAAACCUCGCAUGAGCAGAAAAUGUCUUUAUCCUUUAACGACGUUAUCUCGCUUUGUAAACGUACGUCUGCCGUAACACCACGAUACUCGAAUAAAUAUUAAACACGUGUGGAUAUUUUAAGUAAUUCUAGAUGAGUACGUGAAUUUAGACUGUAGUAGAAGUUGUUUAUGGCUCACUUGUGGAAGUGUUUAUAGUAACGUGGUCACACUUACCACGUUUUAACGAACUCGUUUGAGAUUUAAUAUUAAGUGUGAUAAAGCACGUUGUCAUAAUAAAACUCGCUAGAUUUUAGAUUUCUUUAUUAUUUGAGUAUCUAUUUAAUUACAUCUGGUGUUCACUUAGAUCAUAAUUUUGACUCAACUUAUUAUUACGUAAUGUCUCUUAACACUGGCAAUAUUAUCAGUGGAAAUAUAAACGCCGAAUUAUUUAAAUAAUAAGAACUGAAUGGUGUUUAUUGUUCACAAUAUGCCUGGAUGUUAAAUUUUUUAAAAAUGUAUGCAAAUGGUUGAUGGUGUUGUUCUAACAUUUGUGAUUAGGUUUAACUAAUGUGAUGUUGUUAAGUUUAAUUCUUUUAAUGUCCGGCCGUUAUGAGGAUGCCUGUCAGACGGAGUUUUUGAUCGAAUGGACGAUGUGACGUCAGAAAUAUUAUCGAUAUUUCUGGUCCACUAACGUAUAAUAUCAUUGUGUCAAAUUAAAAUGACUGUUAUAAUUUUGCGCUUAAUUUAAUAUUAAACGAAUCUUGUAACAGCUUACAAACGCUGUUACAAGGUUAUAUCAACUACUGACAGACGUCAGAAAUGUAUUCUCUCAGCGGCCGGAAUUUAAGGAUCGUAUUCACUGAAAAUAUGACUGCGAAUUCAUCUUAAUUAUAUCAUAGAUAGUGUUUAGAUAGUGUUUUUCUAGUUUUCAAAUUAUACACGUCAUAUUUCUAGAAAAUAUAGGCAGACUAGUUAAUUAUUGACUAAAAAAACUUAACGCAAUAUUACUUAAAAUGUAUCAGCAAAAUUACUUUAUAGAUAUUUUUUCUAGUGAAUACGAAUCUUAUAAUAUAUCGCUGGUCUAUAUUCUUGAUUCAGAUUUAGUUGGUCUGGGGUGACAUUUUCAUAUAAACUUGUAGCUUUAAUUAAUAAUUUCUAAAACAAUUUGGAUAAUUAACACGAAAAUUAAAUAAUGAUAAGGUAAACGCUUAAGAACAUUAUAAAGUAAAUUAAGGAAUAAUAGUUUUAAAGAUAUAUCUUAAUGGUCGUAAAUUGAUAUAUAUUUUUUAAUCGUAAUUGGAAAUAUGUAGAAUGAAUAAAUAAAUCAUUGUCAUUAUAUUUCACACCGUAAGCCUCAGUAUCCACGAAAAAAAAUUGGUGACGUAAAACGAAAAACCAAAACUUGGUAAAACCAAAUAAAUUCAACGAAAAUUACCGAGUAUGAUUUCAAUGGAACGUACCUGAACCAGAAACUACGCUACUGAAUUUUAAUAUUUUGCCAUAUUGAAAAUGGUUCCUACAUCUGCUAUGAAAAAAGGUACGCACUACGGCAUCUGUACGAUUUUAUGACUGACAUAUAUUAUAUGUAUAAUUAAUACGUAUAAUAUGAAAAUAAAUAUCACGGUUUACGUGAAAAGUCACCUUAAUAAUAAAAGUUGUUAAAUGAAAGGUCACGUUAAUUUCAUUAGCUAUUACAUAGUUAGUUGUAUAGCAUGAAUAUACUUUUUUACGUUUUACAAUUUUACCAUGGCAGGUCAUUACGCACUGACAUCCAAUAUUUAAUCUGUGUACUUAGAUGGAGUUAAGUCACACCUUUUAGGUGCCGUUCUGAAUUUAUAUUAGGAUAAAGAGUUAAGAAAAUUUGUUAUAAUUUUAAAUAUCGAAUGUCAAAGCGAAAAUUCUAAAAAAUAUUACAAAAUAGAAAACUAAAAUAAAAAAAAGAUAUAUGAUUAAAUAAGGUUUAUUUGUUGUAGAUCGUAAGUGGCCGUCUUACUUUGUCGAUAUUUUUAAUACAAAUUGUUAUUAUUAUGUCGAUGCUUAUUUUGUUGAAGAUCAAAACUUGUCUCUGAUUUUGAUAAUAAAACACCUGCCAAAAGUCAAAAA